CUUCUGCGCUCUCCGCCUUUUUCUCUCUCGCCUGGAUUUCUCCUCCCCCCGCGCCCCUCCCGCAUCUCCCACUCGCUGGCUCUCUCUCCAGCUGCCUCCUCUCCAGGUCUCUCCUGGCUGCGCGCGCUCCUCUCCCCGCCUCGCCCCCUCCCGCAGCCUCGCCGCCUUGGUGCCUUCCUGCCCGGCUCGGCCAGCGCUCGUCCCCGGACCCGGCCCCGCCAUCCCGGGUCUCCGCUCUGAGCAGCUCAGCCCUGCAGAGGCUCGGGACUCGAUGCUAUGAAAGGGAAGCGAGCCGGGCGCCCAGACCUGCAGGAGGCGUCGGAUGCGCGGCCGGUCUCAGGACCGGGAUCUCUCCGGCUCGCCUUGCCCUCUGGUGAUUAUUUGGCUCUGUUCAUCGCCCUGCCGUUCCUCGGAGGAGACGGGCGCAUCUGAGAAGAGCCAUCGGUGUCUUGUGCGUGUGGAAUAUCUGCAGACAUGACUGCGUGGAGGGAAUUCAAGUCGCUGCUCCGGCUUCUGGCGCUGGUGGUUCUGUGUGCGGGGCUCCUCGCUGCAGCUAAGGGUCAGAACUGUGGAGGGUUAGUCCAGGGACCCAAUGGUACCAUCGAGAGCCCUGGCUUCCCGCAUGGCUAUCCCAACUAUGCCAACUGCACCUGGAUCAUUAUCACAGGGGAGCGCAACAGGAUACAGCUGUCCUUCCACACCUUCGCCCUUGAAGAGGAUUUUGACAUUCUCUCCGUUUAUGAUGGACAGCCCCAGCAGGGAAACCUGAAAGUCAGGUAAAGUGCCUGCUCUUCAUCCUAUAGGCGAGUAGAAAUGGAUAAGUGCCUGGGUUCUGAAAUACAAUUGGAAUUCAUGUUUGAAUCUCAUCAUCAGAAAAAAAAAAUCAAGCAACAAUAAAGAAAACUUAAAGGCUGUAGGUCUCUGUCAAAUUGUCACCUUCCCCCAUACUUCAACUUCUUACUGAAAGCAAUCCUUGACUUCUUUAUAGAUCUCUCCCUGCUUUAGCUCUGCAGAACAGUGUUGUCAAGGUAAUUUAAGUGAAGUUAUGAUACACCAUUGUUUUGAAGCAACUGUGGAUUUGAGGAAAAAGUCAAAAAGAUAAAACAAGGGAGUACAAUUCAGAUAACAACAAAAGGAACCUUUAUAUUGUCAGAGAAUACAGUCAGUAGGGAGACUUAGGAGGUGGGUGGAGUGAGAAGUCUUUAGAGGCUUUUGGGUUUGACAAUCAUAGUAUAUUCUGUUCAUUAUUGGUCUUCUCCUUUGAUCUAUGAUUUUUAUCAUGAAGAAUGAAGAAUAUUUCCCAGAAAUAAACAAAAAAAUGUACCUGUACAACCAGAUUUUUUAGAAUUUGGCAAUGGAAAGAGGAAUAUCCCUUUCAAAGAAAUAAGGUUUUCUAAACUAAAUUGAUGAACGUAUUUAAAUGUAUAUACUUAUGGCAAACCAAAUCUUUAUCUUCUAUUUUGAAAUUUCUGCAUUAAUUAGAGAUUAUGUUUAGUAGCUGUUAGUUUGCAGAAGAAAAAUUGACAGAAGGCAGCAGAAAUUGCUUUGCUUAAAUGAAUAAAGUAGAAUUCACACUAAUGCCAACAGGAACACACACACAAAAACAUGCAUUCUAUUCAUGAUUUUGUGAAGUGA